UGGGCCUUGGCAUGGUGUGGACUUCAACGCUCUCUUAAAAGUCUUCCUCAAACUCUGAGUCUCCCUUCCCCCACAGUCUCAUAGUAUGAUUUCAACUCUCCUCCAUCGACCAGCGUCCUUAACACGCUUCGAUCGAGAGAUAGAGAGAGUGGGAGAAGGAGAGAGAGAGGCAAUAAAGAGAGUCGUCGUCAUCUUCCCUCCAUCCUGUCUUGAGGAUCUUAUUGCCCCUUUCACUUCAUAUAUUUUUGUUGGUAUUCAUUCUGUCCACUUAAAUAAAAGGAAUAUAUUAUUCUUGAUGUAUGGAUAUGUAUAUAUAUAUGCUUAACCUUCUUCGAGGUAUUAUAGUUAUAUGGCAGAGCUCUCCUUCUCGGUAGCUUCGAGGUAUUAUAGUUAUAUAGGAAGAUGAGCUAGAGGCUUCAAAUCUUCCAAGCCCGAUCUUCAAGAGCUUGAUUUUUGGUAAGAUCAGAACAUACUGAAAGGCUUGGAGGAGAGGAUAGAUGCCAAUUUUCUUUAUUGGAAUGUCAGAUUAAUGCAGGCAGUUCUCCUGUUUAAAUUUUUGGCUUAUAUUUGGAGCCUUUGGACAGCCAUGGAGGGCAGAUCCACUAAAGUCCGCCUUGUGAGAUGCCCAAAAUGCCUCAAACUUCUGGUGGAAUAUGCUGAUAUUCCAGUAUACCAGUGUGGUGGAUGUCGUACGGUCCUUCGAGCGAAAAAUAGAAUUGCUGCUGGAGAAAAUGUUAACCCAGGAUCACUUGAAACCAAUCAUUCUCAGAGUCUUUCAGACAAUGGCUUCUCAGAUAAUGGAUCAACCUCUUCUGUGAAACCAAUGAUUGCAUGCUCUUCGGAGUUGGAGCAUCAGGAAAAGGAAACCAUGCUUUCGAGUGCGGAACACAAUCAUCAAGAGGAUGGAGAAACCUCAGGUGAAAACGGAAUGGAAGAAAAUGGUUCUGAUACUAAUCAACUCGCUGUCAGAAGUGAUGCAUCCCAGAGCCAACCAGAUGAAGGUAUUCAUUCUAAAACAGAGGAGGCCGAGGAAUCUCUGAAGGUAAUGAAUAAAGUGGAAGAACCUCCUGACUCCAUCAGCCACAGUGUUGCCUCUGAGGAGGAUACGGUUGAAAGAGGAUCUGGCGAUGGGCCUGACAUUAGUUUCUGGUCUCUAGCUACCAGAAGCUCUAAUGCUUAUGAUGGCAGUAUGUCUUCUUCUGAUGAUGGGUACAACAAUAGCACCCCGGAGAGAUUUCUGCUUCGAUCUAGAAGAACUUUUAGACAACCCAAAGUUUUGGAUGUGGCUGAUUUUAAGGGAAAGGGAGGUGAGGAGGUUUCGGGGAGUAGCCAAAUGACAACUGAUGUUGAAGCAGACCUUCAAGCCAGGACCCGAUCAUCAAAAUUGUCAAAUGAGAGGCAUGGCUCGGCUAUGUCGAGGAGCUUUAAUACGAAAAGAGAUGAGUUCUCUUCCAAAUAUGGGAUGUAUGAACCAGACAGAGAGACCUCCUUUGACUCUGAAGAUUUUCAUUCAGUACAGAAUUGGAUGGAACCAGAAAAUGGGCCUACAAGAUCUCUAUCAAGAGGAUCACAUUUCCAACAUGAUUCUUUCAGGAGCAAAUCAUCAAAGUACCUCAGAUAUGACAGAAUGGAUUCAUCAAGGAAUUUGGAUGAAUUAAAAAAUCAACUUCAUGAAUUGUGCGAUCAAAGAAUAGAAAGGGGAAACCCUUGCUUCAGAGGAACUGAAGGCCGGCAGCCAUUCUAUCACAAGUCUGAACACCAACCACCUCAGCAUUUUAAUUCAAACUUGCUUCACCGUCCACCUAAUGCACUUUAUCGGCCAAGACAAAUUACAUCCCAACAUUAUCAGUUCUCGCAAAUGCCAUUCUCGGGAGAGUCCUGCUGUUCCUGUUUGUAUAGCCAUCAGGAAGACCAACGACUGCAGUUGCAGCCUAACCAUUGUAUUGAUAAUGUAUGUAGAGCUCAUGCCUACAGUCUGCGCUCCCAUUCUUCGAUAGCUGGAAGCUCACGUAUGCUUGACAAUGAGCAGGAGAUGUUGCGUUACAAUGAGAAAAGAAAGCCGAAAAAGAACCAUUGCCGGCCUAUCUCUGGGGGUGCACCUUUCAUCAUCUGCUACAAUUGCUUCAAAUUGCUUCAGCUGCCAGCUGAUUUCCUCAUAUUGAGGAGGAGACUGCAUAAGCUGCACUGUGCUGCCUGCUCCAAAGUGCUUACAUUAUCAUUUCCUGCUAAAGCUUGCAUUACUCCCCAUCCACACACUGAGGAGACCAGUAGUACAGAUUUGGUAACUGGAUCAGUCUCUCAUUCUAAUGAUUGCCCUCUAGAUGAUCCAGUUUCCUUCUCUGAAGCGUAUGGGCUCUCCUUCACGAAGAGCUUUUCUACAGAGGCCGAUCGCAUGCUACAAAUCUCGAGAAAUUCUUCUGCAGGAAAAAAUGUGAAGCAGACAUCGGGCUCACCACUUCAUCGGCUCAUGGGGUACUCUUCACCUGGUGAGCUACUAUAUCAAUGUUGGGAUUUUGAUGAAGGUUAUGAAAGCAUAGAAUCUGUGGUACCUCAUUCCGUCAGACCUCCUCAGGAAAGCACGCCAUCGAUGGAUUGAAAGAGUGAGGAAUGUGUAAUUCAUGUCAUGAGCAAAUAGGACCUUGUAGUAAUCCUGAUUGUGUGGAAAUACAUGAGGAAGAAGAGUCGCUUCAGAGAUUGCGAACUAGAAGAGGUUCUUUGCAUUAUGAUGGACUGGUGAAAGAGGUUACAAGCAAGCUGACUCAUGAACUGGUGAGCCCGAAAUUGCAAGUUCAUGCACAUAAAAGUACCAUCCCAGUUCCUUGAUAUUGCCAUGCAUUCUCGAGGUUGUAUCUUUUUUGUAGCUUUUGUGAAUAGAUGGUCAAAAACCAUUCGUGAAUAGAUAGUCAAAAAACAAUAUCUCCCUGUUCGCUUAGAGACUAUCUGAAUGGUAUGUCAUGAUUGUUUCAGUUCAUGUCUGCAUCAUUAUUUUGUUUUCCUUAUAUUAUUAUUGGCGAGUCUUCCUUCAUAGAAUUCUCAGCUUUCACAACUAA